AUGGGGACUGCGCCCGUCGGCCUUGAGGGGCCCCGCGAGAGCCCUGUCCUCGUGGUUCCCCUGCCUGCCGUCACCUCGGCGCUCACCCCGGAAGCGGGUGCAGGGGGGCAAGCGUCGUCGAAUGUUAGCGAGGUGGCUGCUGAUGAAGCGACGUUGGUCGUGGCUCCCGAGGCGACAACUCCCGGGGCUCGGGCGAGCUAUCCUGAGGCGGCGGCCGGAGGGCCGACGCGGUCCGAGGCUCCUGGGGUGGAAGCCCCCGAGGCUCGGGCGAGCCGUCCUGAGACUAAGGCUGAGGGGCCGACGCAACCCGACGCUUCUGAGGUUGUCCCCUCAGGAGCCCCGCCAACUGCCCCAGGCGGUGGCGGUCGCGCCCAGGGCUUCGGCCAGCUUCGCCUGAACUUUGGAGCACUCCGCAAGAGGAAGGGGCCUCCAAGCUACAAUGGUGACACCUACCGGUUGUUGAAGCAAAGGAAGUACAUCACCAUAGACGAGUAA